AUGACAUUCAUGGAUUGUAUGCGCCUACUGACGCUGUGGCAUGUGGCACAACAAACGACAGCAUUUUAUCACAUCGCUCCUGAAAGACCGAUCAGCUUAUCAAUGGAAGCCUGCUCGCACGAACGACGACCGCUCAGCGAUGGCGCAAUGAUUUUUUUCCCAGAAACAGUUCGAUUCUGUGGUUCCUUUUAUACGAACAAACAACGAAGCGAUUAUGACAAAGACGUCAGACGUUGCGCAAAUCUCCAGUCCACCGUGCUCAUUUCAUGGCACGAAACUGAAAGUCAAAACACAUGCGAACUCGAAUACAAGGGAUAUCAGCAAGAGUACCGGAUAUCGCCAGAUUUAGGAUAUUAUAUUGGAUGCCAGAAGGCUAUUUCACAGUACAUAUCACAGUUGGCAGUCAGGGAAGUUUCACCAACGAAUAUUAGCAACGAAAAUUGUCCGUUGAGGAAGUUACCUACAACUUAUGAGGGUUAUGUGGCAUGUGAUUUUGCGCGUGGUAAAUGGUACGAGAUGUUUUUCAAAAGUGCGAUACGCUAUGAAAUUCAUCAUAGAAAAGUUUAUCGGACAUUUUGGUCCAAUUAUUCCAGUACUUUUCUCAUCAGGCCGAAUUUCCUCAUCAAAACAAACGCUACGGAAACGGAGUGGCUGUCAAAGCUAAUUUCGUUGAGAGUCAGACCGAUCUCUCUUCUCAUCCGGUAUCGUAUCCGACAAAGCACUCACGUCCAUUAUGUGAAUCUGGUAUCCAAUCGAACAGUAGAAGGGUGGAUGAUGGAUACAUUUGUUUUGGUUCCAUCACAGGCAAUACACGAGCUGUGCUAUCAGAUGAGCUGGGAGCCGUACGAGCAUCACCUGGAGCACUGUAUCCCAUUUCAAAUCGAUGAAAAAUGCUUGCAGAGAAGCAACGAAGCACACUCGCUCACGCAUAACAAAAUACAGCUUACAACAGCAGCAGCAGCAGCAACAGCGCUAGCCUUUCUGAGCCUCACUGCCUCGCAUUAA